CAUGCGCGGACCGCUUGGCGCCAACUUCAGAUCGCCGCGGCUUGCGCCAGCCUCUGAGGUCUGUUCUCGGCUCCGGGAUGAUCGGCCAGAAGACCCUCUACUCCUUCUUCUCCCCGAGCCCCGCCAGGAAACGACGUGCCUGCAGUCCCGACCCGACGGACCCCGGGGCCGGCGUGGCAGCCGUAGCUGAGAACGGCGAUGUGGCGGCCAGCCCCGCCAAGAAGGCCCGGGCAGGGCAGGAAGAGCCUGGCACGCCGCCCUCCUCGCCGCUGAGCCCCGAGCAGCUGGACCGCAUCCAGAAAAACAAGGCCGCAGCGCUUCUCAGACUCGCAGCCCGAAACGUGCCCGUGGGCUUUGGGGACAGCUGGAAGAAGCAGCUCAGCGGAGAGUUCGGGAAACCGUAUUUUAUAAAGCUAAUGGGAUUUGUUGCAGAAGAAAGAAAACGUUAUACUGUUUAUCCUCCCCCACACCAAGUCUUCACAUGGACCCAAAUGUGUGACAUACGAGAUGUGAAAGUUGUCAUCUUGGGACAGGAUCCUUAUCAUGGACCCAAUCAAGCUCACGGGCUCUGCUUUAGCGUUCAAAGACCUGUUCUACCCCCACCCAGUUUGGAAAACAUCUAUAAAGAGCUGUCAACAGACAUAGAUGGCUUUGUUCAUCCUGGCCAUGGAGAUUUAUCUGGGUGGGCCAAACAAGGUGUCCUCCUGCUCAACGCCGUCCUCACUGUCCGGGCCCAUCAAGCCAAUUCACAUAAGGAGAGAGGCUGGGAGCAGUUCACUGAUGCAGUUGUGUCCUGGCUCAAUCAUAACUUGAACGGCCUCAUCUUCUUGCUCUGGGGCUCUUAUGCUCAGAAGAAGGGCAGUGCCAUUGACAGGACAGGGCCUCAUUAUGUAGUUCAGGCUGGCCUUGAACUUAACUACAUAGUCUGGGCUGGCCAUGAACCUGCAGAGAUCCUCCUGUCUCAGCCUCCAAAGUACUGGGAUUACAGAAGCGACACCAUGUCCUACAGACUGCUCAUCCCUCCCCGUUGUCAGUGUAUAGAGGAUUUUUUGGCUGUCGACAUUUUUCUAAAGCCAAUGAGCUGCUUCAGAAGUCUGGCAAGAAGCCCAUUGACUGGAGUGAACUGUGACCCCACAGAGCGGUGGUCCACCUCUUGGGGUGAUGUUUGAGGAGCUGCUGUUGAAGAUUUAUCAGCUACAAAGUUACUGAAAGUUUCUGUACCAUUAAGCACCCUGCUUAAUAAUCAGAAAAAGCUUCCAAAGAGCACCAAGAACCAGCCUGUCGUUGGAUGGCAGCUUUAUCCAGGCAAAAGGAGGUAGCAAAGAUACCCUUUGACCACUUCUGCGUAUUUGAACUGUCCCCCAACCAAGGCAGAGGUGGCUUGUUGAAAAAUGUGCACAUUUCUUGCAAGACACCUGAGGUCAAAUACUCCUUGGUUCUCUUCACCUCCUUUAGCCUUGUGGUUAAAAGGGGAGAUAAGCACCUUUUUGAUACUCCCAUAGUUUGGUGCCUGCUGCUACUUUAGAGUUCAUAGGUUACAAAGUAUUCUGUGUUUUUGCUUAGAACCUUCCCCCUCCAUCUUUUAAGGAGCCCCAGAUCCUCCCUGGAGAAACCUUGAGGAAGUCUUGCAAGCUUCUAGAAACCUGGCCCUGAAAUUGGGAAUCAGUUUCCUGAUUGUAGUAGCAGAGGCUGGUAUUCCUAAGAAUUGUCCUUGGUGUGAGCCUGUGAGCCUUAACAGACCAGCAGUCUAGAAACCGAAACCAGCUAGGUCUUUAUCCUGUUCUUUGGGUGCUUCCUGGAGUAGUAGGUGGUGGAAUUUGAGUGGAGAGAGUUUUGUUUUUAAUGGGGGGGGAUGGGUGUUUUUCUCCCAGUGCUUUUGUUCGUGGGGUGGGGUGGGGUGGGGCAAGGUGGCACAGGCUGCCCACAGUGCUGUUUUUGUUUUAAUGGACUGAAAUCACUUGGAGAUUUUUUUUUUUUUUUUUUGCAACACUGGUGAGUUUUAACUUUUUUUUAAAUAAAAUACUACAUAGAUACAUAUAUUUUUCUCAAUCCUUUGUGGUACUGGGGAUCGAACUAAGGACCUUGCACUUGUGAGGCAGGCACAGCACUACUGAGCUUAAUCCCUGGCCUUCAGUCCUUUUUUUUAAGAGACUGUGUCUGCACCCCUGAGCUAGAUGUGAUGGAGUUUGUUUUUGUUGUCAGCAGGGUUAAGAAGUUAACUGCGCACAUUUGGUAAUAAAAGAUUGUUGAAGUUUCA